UCCAACUAUAACUACCGCAGGCUCCUCUGCAUCUGAAAUAUCCUGCCAGGUGCCAGCGGCCGCGGACAAGAUCCAAGAACUCGCGCCACGCACGGACAGGGCCGGAGAUCGAGAGUGAGAGUGACCGACAGCGCGAGGCGCCAUGAACGUCGAGGAGGAGGUCGGGAAGCUCAAGGAGGAGAUCCAGAGGCUCGGCCAGCAGCAACCCGACGGCUCCUACAAGGUCAAAUUCGGUGUACUCUUCAACGACGAUCGAUGUGCAAACAUUUUUGAAGCACUAGUUGGCACCUUGAGGGCCGCCAAGAAGAGGAAAAUUCUGACCUAUGAUGGCGAGCUGCUUCUGCAGGGUGUUCAUGACAAUGUGGAGAUAACCCUAUUGCCCCCUCCUGCAGUUGCUGCCGCUUGAGGCGCACAGAACCACCAUUCCCCUAUUCUGUAUCGUUGAUAUGCUUGUACUGUUGUGCCUAUAUUUUCAUGAACCAUUUGGUAUUUCCAGAAGACUGCUAUAUUGUGUGAUGUAUGAAGUUGUGACGCUUAAAAAAUUGGCUUGCUUGCUUAUGGCUGUGCUGUAACAUUCUAGAUGACUUUUCUUUCUCCAGAAAAUUACCGUUUUAGUUCCAUUA